AAAGAAGUAAAAAUAAAAUAACUAACCUAAAAAAUAAUUUAUUUAAAACAUUUUUAAUUUACAAUGUCUUUGCGAUGCUAUUUUUCUCAAUUACUACGUUCUAGAUUAUCAGCACAUUCAAAUACAUACAAAAAUUCUGUGAGACAUGCAACUUACAAAGCUUCGCCGUUUGCUGAAGAUAUCGAGCCUACUGUUAAAUAUGAAGUAUCUAAAAACCCCGAAGAAUGGAAAUACGUGGAAAGGGCGCUGCCUCUAACAAUUGUUCCGCAGCCAAUACGCAAAGAAUCGUAUCCUUCGGGCUGGAAACCACAAACGGAAGAUGUGAAGAAAUUACCGUAUUUGGUCCAAAGGACGAAAAAUCACAUGAUCCCAGUUUAUUUGCAAAUAUCGCAAAGAGGAGUUAGAAGGCACACGUUUGUAAGAAAGAUUCAAGGGGAUAUUAACCUGCUUGAGCAAGAACUCAAGGAAUUCCUGCAGAAGGAGUCUUUUCAGCCCAUUAGGAGUCAAGUAAACGAACUUACGGGCAUCAUUAGGAUAAACGGAGACCACGUAAAUGCUAUUAAAUAUUUUCUCGAAAAGAAAAACUUGUAAUAAUGUUAGUAGAUGUAUCGUUUAAAUAAGAUUUAAUAAUUUAACAAUUUGUUGAUU